AUGAGCGGAAAGACAUUCAACGUGGGCGUCGUGGGAUAUGGCAUGUCUGCCAAGAUCUUUCACAUCCCCUUCCUUACUCAAACUCCCCAGCUCAAGCUGCACGCCAUUGUCCAGCGAUCUCCCAAGGAGGGCAACUCAGCCCCAGCGGACUACCCGGAUAUCAAGCACUACACUGACUACAAGGAGCUCUUUGCCGACUCUGAAGUCGAUCUGGUCAUCAUCAGCACUCCUCCCAACAACCACUUUGAGCUCACAAAGGCCGCCCUCGAGGCCGGAAAGCAUGUCUUGACCGAGAAGCCCUUCGUGCCCACCUCUGCGGAGGCUGAUAAGCUCAUCGAUAUUGCUAAGAAGAAUGGCAAGCUUCUUAUCGUCUACCAGAACCGACGAUGGGAUGCCGACUUUGUUACCCUCAAGAAGCUCAUCUCUGAGGGUACCCUGGGUCGUAUUGUUCAGUUCGACAACCAUUUUGAUCGUUACCGUAUGGUUCCAUCCAAGAAUUGGAAGCUCGAUCUCCCCCUUUCUCAGGGCGGCAGCGCCCUUUUCGACCUGGGAACCCAUCUGAUCGAUCAAGCUUACAUCCUGUUCGGCAAGCCUCAAGCCGUCCACGGCCGUCUUCUUUCUCAGCGCAGCGGCAAGUUCGACUUUGAGAACCCCGACGGAGUCUCAGCAGAGUUGACCUACCCCGAUGGUCUCCUCGUCAACAUCCGCAUCAGCGUCCUGAGCGCCGAGCUCGAGCAGCCUCGCUUCUGGGUCCGCGGCACCAAGGGAAGCUUCCGCAAGCUCGGCCUCGAUACCCAAGAGGAUGCGCUUAAGGACGGCAAGAAGGCUACCGAGGAGGGCUUUGGAAAGGAGGAUCCUGCACGCUACAAGUUGGUUGUUGUCGACGACAAGGAGCAGGCCAAAGAGCAACAGCUCUCAUCGAUUGAGACACCCACUUACAAGGCUUUCUAUGCCCAGCUUGCCAAGGCAAUUGAGAGCGGAAAGGAGGAGGACGUACCCGUCAAGGCUUCCGAGGCUCGUGAUGUUUUGCAAAUCAUCGAGGGUGUUUUCGAGAGUGCCAAGACAGGCAAGGAUGUUACUUUUGCGUAG